GGGCGGAGUCAUUUCAAUAGACGGUCAGCCAACACAAGGAAAGUCACCCACACUACUUGCUGCAUGAGCUCGUAACUUGUAUUUUAACGAGAAGAGUUAUUAUUUGACAGAAUUUCUCCAGUCGAGGUUGAUCCGUAUUCCACCGCUGCCAACAUGUCGGAUUUAGAGAGACUGAAGAUGACCGGCGCUGGGAAAGCUAUCGCCUUGUUGACAAGUGGCGGAGAUGCACAAGGAAUGAAUGCAGCUGUCCGCGCUGUGACCCGGAUGGGGAUAUUUGUUGGAGCCAAGAUGUAUCUCGUAUAUGAGGGCUACCAGGGUCUGGUGGAUGGAGGGGACAACAUCAAGCUGGCCCACUGGCAGAGUGUUACCAACAUCAUACAGCAGGGUGGCACGGUGAUCGGCAGUGCUCGCUGUAAGGUCUUCACCACGCGGGACGGUCGCCUGGCAGCAGCCUUUAACCUGGUGAAGAGAGGCAUCACCAACCUGUGUGUGUGUGGAGGAGACGGCAGCCUCACCGGAGCUAACAUCUUCAGGACCGAGUGGACUGGACUGCUGGCUGAACUGGUUCAGAAAGGCCGGAUCACCGACACCCUAGCGAAGCAGCAUGAUCACCUGAACAUCGUAGGGUUGGUUGGAUCUAUAGACAACGACUUCUGUGGGACAGACAUGACCAUAGGCGCUGACUCCGCCCUGCAUCGCAUCAUGGAGAUAGUGGACGCCAUCACUACCACCGCACAGAGCCACCAGCGUGCAUUUGUCCUGGAGGUCAUGGGACGUCACUGUGGGUAUCUAGCGUUGGUGUCUGCUCUGGCCUCCGGAGCAGACUGGCUCUUCAUCCCAGAGGCUCCACCAUUAGAGGGCUGGGAGGACCACAUGUGUGCCCGCCUGGAGCAUAGUCGCAGUAAGGGCUCCAGACUGAACAUAGUAAUCAUCGCUGAAGGGGCCAUCAACCGAGCUGGUGAACCGAUCUCUUCAAACUACGUCAAGGAUCUGGUAGUGAAGAGGCUGGGCUAUGACACCCGGGUGACAGUCCUAGGUCAUGUACAGCGAGGGGGAACACCCUCCGCCUUCGACCGGGUGCUGAGCAGUAAGGUGGGAGUGGAGGCUGUCGUCGCUCUGUUAGAGGCCACUCCAGAGACCCCAGCCUGUGUCAUCGGCCUGUCAGGAAACCAGGCUGUCCGCCUGCCUCUUGUGGAGUGUGUACAGAUGACUAAAGAGGUUCAGAAGGCCAUGAAUGAAAAGAGGUUUGAUGAAGCCAUCCAACUGAGAGGAAGGAGCUUUGAGAACAACUGGAACAUAUACAAACUGCUUGCCUUUCAGAAGCCUGCUGUUACCAAGAGCAACCACACGCUGGCGGUGCUGAAUGUGGGUGCUCCAGCAGCAGGGAUGAAUGCAGCGGUCCGGUCGGCUGUCAGAGUGGCGCUGGCCUACGGUCACAAGGUCUACUCUGUCAACGACGGCUUCGAGGGGUUGGCCAAUGGAGCGGUGACAGAGAUCGAGUGGCACGGUGUGGCUGGAUGGACUGGCCAGGGUGGAUCUCUUCUGGGGACUAAACGAACCCUUCCUAGUACUUGCAUGCAGAAGAUCGUGGACACCAUCAACAAGCAUAAUAUCCAGGCUCUGCUGAUCGUUGGGGGAUUUGAGGCGUACGAGGGCGUGCUGGAGUUAUAUGAUGCUCGCGGUAGCUUUGACGAGUUGUGUAUCCCCAUGGUGGUGAUCCCUGCCACCAUCAGUAACAACGUACCCGGGACAGACUUCAGUCUGGGGGCAGACACGGCUGUCAACGCUGCCAUGGAGAGUUGUGAUAAGAUCAAGCAGUCGGCUACAGGGACCAAGAGAAGGGUGUUCGUAGUGGAAACUAUGGGAGGCUACUGUGGUUACCUGGCAACCUACGCCGGUAUCGCUGUGGGAGCAGAUGCUGCUUACAUCUUCGAGGACCCCUUCAACCUCCAGGACCUAAAGACUAACGUGGAGCAUCUUGCAGAGAAGAUGAAGGAAGACAUCCAGAGGGGUCUGGUGCUGAGGAAUGAGAAGUGUCACCUUCACUACACCACUGAUUUCAUCCACAAGCUGUAUUCUGCCGAGGGGAAGGGCAUCUUCGACUGUAGGGUCAACGUGCUGGGGCACCUCCAGCAGGGAGGUGCACCAACACCCUUCGACAGAAACUGUGGCACCAAGCUGGGUGUGAAGGCUGUGCAGUGGCUCACAGAGAAGAUGAUCAACAACUUCAGACAAGGUCGUGUGUUCGUCAACGCCCCAGACACAGCGUCUGUCAUCGGCUUCAGUAAGAAGGUCCUGUCCUUCAUCCCUGUGACUGAACUUAAGGCACAGACUGACUUUGAGCACCGGAUGCCCAAGGUCCAGUGGUGGCAGAACCUGCAUCAGAUUCUGAAGAUGUUGGCCAAGCACCAGACCAGCUUCAGCGAGUAUGUCCCUGGAGAGAUAGAACAUGUGACCCGACGCUCUCUCAGCAUCGACACUGGCUUCUAGAACACAUAUUAACCCUGGACUGUAGACACCGGCUUCUAGAACACAUACUAACCCUGGACUGUAGACACCGGCUUCUAGAACACAUACUAACCCUGGACUGUAGACACCGGCUUCUAGAACACAC